CCUAUGGCCGGGCUGAUGGAGUUGUUGCAAUGGUUGGUAUGCUGGAAUCCUUCAUCGUCAACAUUUGUGCGUUGCUUUCCAACAUACUCCAUGCUUUAUGGACAAUAUUAGCGUCUAAGCCAGACGAUUUGGCAGCGUUAGGGCCUUUGGACAGAGAUUUCAUGGAGGAUUUGAGUCCCAGAAAACUGGCUGAAAAACAGCUGAAGCAACGGUUCCUGGAGGCCUUGCAGACCAACAACGCACAGGAAGUCCUUGAGAUUUUACAAACCAGCAAACUAGACAUUGACGUUGUGUUGGAGGUGGAAGAUCCCAGCAUGGUCCUCGCCUCGUACAAACAAGGAUACUGGCUACCCGGCUACAAACUGGAAAAGUCCUGGGCCAUGGGUAUCCAUGUAUGUGUAAUGUACAAUGCUGUGGAGACAGCACUGGUACUCCUUCAGAAAGGCGCAGCUGUCAAUCAGAUGCCCAAUGGGAAGACGCCUCUGCACGUGGCCUGCGAGGUGUCCAAUGGAGACUGUGUGCCCUUGCUUUUGGCUCACGGGGCAAAGGUCAACAGCCUGUCUCUGAGCGGGCACACACCGCUGCACUACUGCAUUACCCGGGAGUCUGUAGAGUGUGCCAAGCAACUUAUCCUCAAAGGUGCAAAAGUCAACAAAGCAAGCCACAACAACGAAGAGGACACACCUCUACACACGGCAGCCAGAUUCGGUGUUCCGGAGCUGGUGGCUCUCUAUUUGGCUCAUGGAGCAUCUGUGAAUGCAGUGAACUCUCUGCAGGAGACUCCUCUGAUGACUGCAGCCUUCUGGGCUUUUGACACUAAGGAGCAAACCUACAGCCAAGACCAUCAUCUAGUCUGUCGCCUCCUGCUGGACUAUCAAGCUGAUCCCAACAUUCAGGAGGCAGACCACAAAACAGCUCUUCACAAAGCUGCCUGGAACUGCGAUCACGUCCUGAUAAAGAUGCUGCUGGAGGCUGGGGCAGAUUCUCGAGCCAUGGACAUCAACGGCUGUUCUCCCAUUCAGUAUCUCCUUAAAGUGACGGAAGUCAGGCCUAUGGCCAUGCCAGACCUCUGCUUUCAGCUGCUGCUCAACUACAAUGCAGCACGGAUUUACCCACCACAGUUCCACAAGGUGUUCCAGAACUGCCAUGACUACCCCAGAGUUGUAGAAAUCUUGGUUAACUCCUAUAGCAGUUUAAAACCCACAAGGAAGUGGAGAGCUGCUCUUCCUGAUGACUGCUACAAGCGCCAUAAAGACUUCUACGACUCCCUGUUUGCUGUUUGCACUGACGCUCCUCGCAGUCUGCUUCACCUCUCCAGAUGUGCCAUCAGAGCUGCCCUGGGCAGUUUCUGUGACAGAGGAGUAGCACAGCUGCCUCUGCCAUUAUCCAUGAAGAAGUAUUUAUUACUAGAACCUGAGGGGAUACUGUACUGAUAGAGACUCUGGUGUUCUGAUGUGCAGAAUGAGGCCUAAUGACCUGAAUAGAAACAUUUAUUAAGUGCCUCUCCGCUAACUGUGGAAAUGAAAAGUGGUGCAAGAUGUAACAUCAUCAUCAUUAACAUUUUAUUUAUUUAAACCUCAGAAAGCACAGAAAAAGAACAAAAAAAGGUAUUUUUUGUGCUUGCAGGAUGAGCCAUUUCUGUGUUUUAGUUAAUAGCUGCUAACAUUCCAGGACAGCUGGCGGGUCGGAGGGGAGAUUUGUUAAAAUAGCUUUAAGAUGCUUCCAGAUGUUAAAUCCUCCUCAUUGGUGUUUUUGUUGUAUAGAUGGCAAUGGUGUGUCUAGUCUGAAUCUUAAGGCAUAGUGAUAUAUGUAAUACAUAUAAAGGCUUGAUAGUGGAGCUAGGGCCUGCCCAAAAAAUAACUUCCCUGUAAUAUAUUGUGAGAAAAUUCUUACCGAAAUUUUGUUUCUUGUAAAUAGUGAAAAAUAUAUAAAGUAAGUUCUUUUUUUUCCAACCCAAACGACUCCUAGUGUUGCCUUCUCUCUGUUAGGUUGUUAUUAUGAGAACAAACUACCACAUUCAGAAUUUCUUGCAUUC